AAGCCACUGGUGAUUUUGGAACAGGGAACAAAGUGCAAAAAUGGGUUUUUAGGAAGGAUUUGGAGUUUGCAGAGUUGGGGGUCAUGGUGGAUGUGGAAUAUUCUUGAUCUCAGACCCAUGGAGAAAAGAGUCAUGAAGGUGGAAGAAGAGAAGGCUGGGGCAGGAAAACUGGACCCCAUGUACUACAGGAGAUGUCCGAAUCAAGACUGUCCUUCCAUCCAUAUUGGACUUCCAGUCCCCCAUUACUCUCAAAGAAAAAGUGACCAGAAGGGACAUCUUUCAGGCCUACAAAAAGUCCGUUGGGGACUGCGGCCAGACAAGCUGCAGCAGGAACUGACCAACCCAGGGAGAGGAACAAGCAGUCAGGACGGCAGCGUGGAUCUCAUCAGCAGGACUCGGUCUCCAGCUGCUGAGCAGCUCCAGGACAUCCUGGGGGAGGAAGAUGAGGUUCCCAACCCCACUCUCUUCACAGAGAUGGACACUCUGCAACAUGACGGGGACCAGAUGGAGUGGAAGGAGUCAGCCAGGUGGAUAAAGUUUGAAGAAAAGGUAGAGGAAGGAGGCGAACGCUGGAGCAAGCCUCAUGUGUCCACGCUGUCCCUGCACAGCCUCUUUGAGCUCCGUACCUGCCUGCAGACAGGGACAGUGCUGCUGGAUCUGGACAGUGGCUCCUUACCACAGAUCAUAGACGAUGUCAUUGAGAAGCAGAUCGAGGAUGGGCUCCUCCGACCAGAGCUCCGGGAAAGGGUCAGUUAUGUCCUGCUGAGGAAGCAUCGUCACCAAACCAAGAAGCCCAUCCACCGCUCCUUAGUGGACAUUGGAAAGUCUGUCUCUUCCACCACAAAUCGCAGUCCUGCCCGGAGCCCUGCAGCUGGUGCAAGUCUACGCCGCUCCACAGAGGACCUGAGGAUGAGGCAAAGUGCAAAUUACGGACAUCUGUGUCACGCCCAGAGCAGAAGUAUGAAUGACAUCUCUCACACCCCAAACCCAGACCAGCGGAAAAACAAAUUCAUGAAGAAGAUCCCCAAGGACUCAGAAGCCUCCAAUGUACUUGUGGGUGAGGUGGACUUCCUGGACCAGCCAUUCAUUGCAUUUGUGCGUCUCAUCCAGUCUGCCAUGCUGGGUGGAGUGACCGAGGUGCCCGUCCCUACCAGAUUUCUGUUCAUACUGCUGGGACCUUCUGGGAGAGCAAAAUCCUACAAUGAAAUUGGCCGUGCCAUUGCGACCCUGAUGGUAGAUGAUCUCUUCAGUGAUGUGGCCUAUAAAGCCCGCAAUCGGGAGGAUCUGAUCGCAGGAAUUGAUGAGUUUCUGGAUGAGGUCAUUGUCCUUCCCCCUGGAGAAUGGGACCCAAAUAUCCGAAUUGAACCACCCAAGAAAGUGCCCUCUGCUGACAAGAGGAAAUCCGUGUUCUCCCUGGCUGACCUCGGCCAAAUGAAUGGCUCUGUGGGAGGAGGUGGCGGCUCGGCUGGAGGAGCAGGCAGUGGCGGUGGUGCUGGUGGCAGUGGAUCGGGUGCAGCAGGCAGCGGGGACGAUGCAGAGAUGCCAGCAGUGCACGAAAUUGGGGAGGAGCUUAUCUGGACAGGAAGAUUCUUUGGUGGACUGUGUCUGGAUAUCAAGAGGAAGUUGCCCUGGUUCCUGAGUGAUUUCUAUGAUGGCUUCCACAUUCAGUCCAUCUCCGCCAUCCUAUUCAUCUACCUCGGCUGUAUCACCAAUGCAAUCACCUUUGGUGGGCUUCUGGGAGAUGCCACCGAAAACUAUCAGGGAGUGAUGGAGAGCUUCCUGGGCACUGCCAUGUCCGGCUCCUUGUUCUGCCUCUUCUCGGGACAGCCUCUCAUCAUUCUCAGCAGCACAGGGCCCAUCCUCAUCUUUGAGAAGCUCCUCUUCGACUUCAGCAAAGGCAAUGGCCUGGACUACAUGGAGUUCCGCCUCUGGAUUGGCCUACACUCAGCCAUCCAGUGCCUUAUCCUGGUGGCCACAGAUGCCAGCUUUAUCAUCAAAUAUAUCACCCGCUUCACUGAGGAGGGCUUCUCCACCCUCAUCAGCUUCAUCUUCAUCUAUGAUGCCAUCAAGAAGAUGAUCGGUGCCUUCAGGUACUACCCCAUCAACAUGGACUUCAAGCCUGACUCCAUCACCACCUACAAAUGCGAGUGCGUCGCCCCUGACACAGUGAAUACAACCGUGUUCAAUGCCUCAGCCUCGCCAGCACCAAACCUCAAUGCUUCUCUGUACGAUCCCCUUAACCUCACAGCACUGGACUGGUCCCUGCUGAGCAAGAAGGAGUGUUUGAGCUAUGGUGGGCGCCUACUUGGGAACUCCUGCCAGUUCAUCCCAGACCUGGCACUCAUGUCCUUCAUCCUUUUCUUUGGGACUUACUCCAUGACCUUGACUUUGAAGAAAUUCAAAUUCAGCCGCUAUUUUCCUACCAAGGUCCGGGCCCUCGUGGCUGACUUUUCCAUUAUUUUCUCCAUCCUGAUGUUCUGUGGAAUUGAUGCCUGUUUUGGCCUGGAAACCCCUAAGCUGCACGUGCCCAAUGUCAUCAAGCCCACACGGCCUGACCGAGGCUGGUUCGUGGCCCCCUUUGGGAAGAACCCGUGGUGGGUGUACCUGGCGAGCAUCCUGCCCGCCCUACUGGUGACCAUCCUGAUCUUCAUGGACCAGCAGAUCACAGCUGUCAUUGUUAACAGGAAGGAGAACAAGCUGAAGAAGGCUGCUGGCUACCAUCUGGACCUGUUCUGGGUGGGCAUCCUCAUGGCCCUGUGCUCCUUCACGGGGCUCCCCUGGUAUGUGGCUGCCACAGUCAUCUCCAUUGCCCACAUCGACAGCCUCAAGAUGGAGACGGAGACCAGCGCCCCUGGGGAGCAACCCCAGUUCCUGGGAGUCAGGGAACAGAGAGUGACUGGCAUCGUCGUCUUCAUCCUGACAGGGACCUCUGUUUUCCUGGCUCCCGUCCUAAAGGUGAGGCUCUGCAUCCCACCUAGGGCCCCGUCACCUGAGAAAGCGCAGAGCAGAGGCCUCAGGCAUGGGGAGCGUCCCCACACAGCCCAGUAUAUCCCCAUGCCUGUGCUGUAUGGAGUCUUCCUCUACAUGGGCGUGGCCUCCCUGAAUGGCAUCCAGUUCUGGGAACGUUGCAAGCUCUUCCUGAUGCCAGCGAAGCACCAGCCAGACCACGCCUUCCUUCGCCAUGUACCCCUGCGCAGGAUCCACCUCUUCACCCUGGUGCAGGUCCUCUGCCUGGCAGUACUCUGGAUCCUCAAGUCCACUGUGGCCGCCAUCAUCUUCCCUGUCAUGAUCCUGGGCCUCAUCAUUGUUCGAAGGCUUCUGGACUUCAUCUUCUCUCAGCAUGAUCUGGCCUGGAUCGACAACAUCCUGCCAGAGAAGGAGAAAAAGGAGACGGACAAGAAGAAGAAGAGAAGGAAGGGGGCCCAUGAGGACAGCGAUGAGGAGGAAAAAGAUCUUCCAGUUGGAGUUAUUCACUCUGAUUCUUCUUUCAGCGGCUCAGAACUUGAUCGAAGCAUCACCUUACACUUCAAAAUCUCCUGUCCAGCUUCACCUGCUUUCAGCUACCCAAGGAGCCCAGUCUUCAUGGUGCCACAGGUGAAGAUAGAGAUGGAGUCUGAUUAUGACUUCACAGACAUAGAUGAAUAUGGAAGAGAGGCCCAUGGUGAGACCACCCUCUAAGAUGAUGCAGCUUCUCCCAGGCAAGGACCUGGUUUAGUUCUGAGUCUUAACUUCUCUGUGCCUGUCUCCUUAUUUACCGGAGGAGGUCCUUCUGCCCGAUAGAAAACUGGCCAUCUUUCAGUGCAAAGUCCUACUUAGAUGCAAAGCUCUCCCCAACCCUUUGUAGUUAUUAAAAUAUCUAAAUGUAAACAUUGUACCUUAUUUGAAAACAAAGUUCAGCAUAGAAAAUAACAUUUCUUUUGAAAUGAAAAAAAAAUGCUUGUCUCCUUAAAACCAUAACUAAGAUAAAUGGGCAAUGGUUAAUUUAUAUUUAAAACAAGUAUCGAUUAAAAAUUUUAAAGGUUCGAUUGAAAUCUAGAUGGUUUAAAAUAACUCUUACAUCAAUAGGCCAAAGCUGGAAUAUUUGUUUUGCAAAGUUGCAUAUCGAGAAAUGCUGGAAAGGUCCUACUUUUUCUCUCCAUCUCAUUCAGCUAAGUUUGAAGCUGCAUUAUGGCCCUUGCUCUCUAAAUGUGACUGGGGCUUUCCUGGAUUGAAAAUCCAGUUCCAAAAAUCUAUUAAUGAAGGAACCAAUGCAUCAGAGUAAAGUUUUUAAAAAUGAAAUAGUCAUUAUUAAAGUGAAAUCUCAAAUCACAUGAGAGCAACAAAAUGAUCCUUUAAAAUUAUUGUUUUUCCACACUUGGAUUCCAAUUUCUUUAUGCAUUUGGAUAGGCUCUUCCUGCAAUUUUUCAAUGACUGAUUCCCAAAGUCAAAUUUCCAUUUACAUGAACAUUACAUGUUAGGCAGCUAACAUUUUGGAAGAUUAUAAAUUUGUAAUGUUAGGCAAACUAGUUCUUCAGAGGAAUGGUUAGAAGCAAUUUGGGUAGAUUAACAUCAGUUAUUAACGAAGCAACCCUUUUCCCAUUAAACUUAAAAAGACCGUUUAUGUUCAAUACACAUUUAAUGAGUGAGCACCGUUAUGUAAUACCUGCUAUUGCUGGAUAACCACAUGCAUCUGACAUUUUCUUUCUCCAAAACAACUAUGAAUUUGAAUCUUGAAUAAAUAAUUUUGGCUAGUUACUACAUUUACUCAAGUUUACAAAUGCAUGUACUUUUUAUUCACUUUUUAAGACAAAUGACACUAGUUAUUUAACAUCUUGAGUACCAGAACAGGUAGUUGCCACUGUAGUCCUGGGCCUAGUAUAGUGCCUGGUUCAUAAAAAAUUCUCAAUAAAUGUUCAUUAAAUUUAACCUCAGAGCUCCCUUCCAAGUAAUACUGCCAAGAAGUAAAGCUCUAAACUUCUACCUGAUAGCAAAAUUAUUUAGCUGUUCACUAAUCCAGAACCAUCCUGUUUAAGUACAAAGUCUUUAUCUU